AGACUGGAGAUAAACACCAUGCUGCCCUGCACUAACUUUAAUUUCACACGCAGAAAAUUUCACGUUAGAAGAUAAUUUUGUAGUUUUGCACUUUUGUGUGUCGGUUGGAUCUUAUUUGGGAUAUUUCGGACGUUUCCUCCGUUUUUUUUUAUUCUUCAUUUUGAGUUUCCUCCUUCUUCUACCUAAGGACAGUUGAAGAUGCUGCAAUCAAACAUGUUGCAAAGCUUCGCUCAGUCGCAGGACUGGCUUUACUCGGAGCCGCUGCUGUUUGACGAUGAGUUCUGCCAGAGUUUGAUGAAGGACCUCCAGUCGCUGCCGACCCCCCCACAGUCCCCCCCUAUGAAGGCCGGGGCCGAUGGCAGCAAGCCCCUGUCUAAGGAGGACCAGCUGAGCUACGUGUCGGACAUCCUGCUGGAGGAUCAGGACAUGCAACUCAACUGGAACUACGACUUCUUCCACUCUGACGCUGCUGAGAAGGAUGGCGAGCCCAGUGAGCCCUGCUCCCCCCUGGAGGAGGGCGGCGAGGACCUGUGGCGGUGCCUGGUACCGGACAAGGGCCUGGAGGAGAAGCUGGUCUCCUCCAUACUCGGCUCCAGCCCGCUGCUGUCUGACAUCAACACCAGCAUAUUUGAGGAGAUUGCCGGCUCCACGCUGGACUGCCAGAACCUGAUGGACACUCAGGAGACCAGCGAGGCCACAUCGGACUACGGCUCCACCGGUGGCGAGCUGUCCACAUAUUCAUCCAGCGACUCUGAGGAGGAAAUUGACGUGGUGACAGUGGUGCGCUGUUCCUCCAGCCCCUCCCCUCUCCCCUCAUUGGCUGACCUGUCUGUCCGUCAGCAGAAGGAAGAGGAGCAGCGAGCUCUCAAGCGCCACCACUUUGAGAUCCAGCUGCAACACAACUACGCUGCGCCCCGUCCCGCCUCGCCGCCGCCGCCGUCAUCCUCUUCCAACAAGCGCUCAAGGGGCAGCGAGAGUUCAUCGCGCUACCACCAUUCUUCGCGCAGUUCUUCCUCCUCAUCGUCCUCAUCGAGGAGCGGCGGCGGACGCACAACGUGAUGGAACGGCAGCGGCGCAACGAGCUGAAGAACUGCUUCAUGCGCCUGCGCGACAACGUGCCGGAGCUGUCGCACAACGACAAGGCGUCCAAGGUUGUAAUCCUGAAGAAGGCGCGAGAUUGCAUCUACGGCCUGGAGGAUGAGGGCCACAGACUGCAGUCCAAGAAGGACAAACUUCGAGCCAAACAGGAAGAGCUGAAAGCCAAGCUGAAGCGGCUCAGCAGCUAAUGGACCAGGGGCGAACGAUGGGCUACAGUUUUAGAUGUUUAGAGACAAUUUGGGUGGGGGGCGAGGGUGGAUAAGGGAAGAGACUUUGUACAAAUACAGAGAGACGGGCGGGGAUAAAGGAUGGCGUGUCAUGCUGAAAAGAACGCACAAAGUUUGAAAUUUCAAGGACUUUAUGGUAACAAUAUCUCUGGACUGUAAAGACAUUGCAACUAUGGACAAACACAACACACUCAUUGCCUCAGAAUUGAUCAUUCUCAUGCCUUGACUGCUGACUGUUGUAGAGAGUAGGAGGUUUUUAAAGUUGGAACGAGGACAGAGCGAGCAGAUUUUUAUUUGUUGUUUUUUUUGGCUGGAUGCACACUGAAUGAUCUGUAGCUCUUUGUUAUUGUUUAUUUCAUCCCAUUUGGGAGUCCGUACUUUGGGGAUGCCAAAUGGCGAAGGGGGAAAAUGACACAGCACCUGUUGGGUCAAAUAACUGGAAGCCACAUCAGCUCAGCAGUUGAAUGAAACUUGAAUAUUGUGGUUUCAGGAUGUCUUAUAGCCAUACUAUCCAGUGAUCCCUCCACAGGUGUGUGAUGGUGGCUUAGAAGUUAUUUGGUCCACUGCAUUUCUGUUGAUUCCAGUUAAAUUCCAAUUAAAUGCUAUUUUAACAAGAAGAGGUUCUUCAGUGUGCUUCCAGCCCUGUUGGCCUCAGGCGGACCCAUGGGCCCUACACCACUCUGUUAUCAGGUUAAUGUGUGUCAAUGACAGUACUGUAUAGACCGGGGUUGAUACUGUACACAUAGCAGUGCUCGGCCUCAGUUCAGUUCACCGCCAGCUCGCUCUCUUCAGAGUGUGCGUGUGUGCGUGUGUGUCCUCUAGUUUGAAAAUAUAUAAAUUACUUUUGUGUAUUAAGUAUUUUUCAUUAAUAAAUUGUUUAAACUCAAAGGUAGCCAUAUUAAACAACAUUCAGGUUUUGAGGAGACCGAACUUGAAAGUGAACUGAACUGUGAGCCGUGCUAUCGUAGCAAAUCAGCCAAAGUCUGGACAGAAAACGUUUAAAUAACAUUUGCAUGUCCAAAACAGUGACAGACUGAUGGUGUCCUAACAUAUUAAUAUUAUUAUUGUUGUUUUAAAGGUUCUGGUUAGAGGAAGCUGUAGCAGUGAUACUGUGACAUUUAGUUAAGUUUGCCAAGUAUGAAUUUACAUUUUUACCAUGAAUCCAGUGGAAAGUCCAUUCAUCGGUGGCCCUCAUUGAUCAAACUGGUGUAGAUUUUCCGCGAGAUUGUCGCAUAACAUCUGAUCGAGCUGCAGUUUAUAGGAUCUUUAAACCUAUAAUGACGGAACAUGUUGUUGACUGUAGAAGUAAAUUUCGACCAUGUACAUGUUACAUGAACGAGGGCCACUGGCCAACAUUCCCCAUUUAAAAAAGUUUGAAAAAGUGAUGCGCUGGCACCAUUUUGUGCCCAUUGAGCUUUUAUUUUUGACCACAUGGACACAACAUAGACGCUGAAGAGAGCCGUGAUAUCAAGUAAUACUUUAAGAUGGUAAAAAAGUAAAAGAUUAAGGCUGUACGUGUUCACCAGGAGCCUGUUGUAUCCGUUUACUAUCAGGUGUUUUGUCGAACUUGUCUUUGGGCUGGAUCUGAAGUUUGAAAUAUCAAUAAUGGGGUUGAAUGUUUAACUGAAUGCCAUUGUACUCUUAUCAAUAAUUGCCAAUGUUAUCCAUUAAUGUGCUGUUUGCUAUUGAAUUUGCAAAUGGGAAACAUUUGCUUAUUAGUGUCAAAUGUCUUAAAAUGCAUCCUAUAUCUUGGUUAGCAGUUCUUCCUUCUUGAGUCUGGGUGAACAGACCCUGGUCGGUAGGAAUAAUGAGAAUAGAGGGUGUUUUUAGCGGUAAAAACCUGUUCUGCCUUGAAAUGCAUUCUGUUGUUGACUCCUUGUUUCCUUUUUGAUUAUGUCACUGUCUGGUUAAAACCUCGCCUGCUUCUAUUAUGAGCUAGUUUUUUUUCAGGGAAGCUUCCAAACGUCUCCAAUUAUUGGUUUAAAUUUUUUCCUUUUUGUAGAGCUUCACAGUCACAAAGAGCUGCCUCCUGAAGUAAAGAUUCAGAGGUUUUGACAAGACAGCAGGGAUGAUUUUUUUUUUUUCUUUUCUUAGCAUGAUA